UUCAAAAGGGGGUUUGCUGUUAAGUUUAUUUAUUCAAUUCAAUUAUUAUUAGUCAUAUAUUCUACGGUUCUUCUACCCUUCCAAAGCAAUCUCAACUUCCCUUUUCGAGAUCGGAUAAUUGCCAAUUUCCAAAUUCCGUAUUUCCCCUUCGUAUGGUGGCCGUGUGGUUCAAGACUAAGUUCUUAGUUACGUAUUCAAGGGUUCUGUUUGAUAAGUUUUCUAGGACUACUUACAGUGCAUUAUUUUGUUCAGAACUUUGGAGCUUUGCAUCAGGCUUUGUCUUGUGAUUUUCUUUGUAAAAGUUAACAAGUAAGGAUUCUAUAGUUUUGAGUUGGUAACACAUAGAGACACAGAAGGCUGCAGUAGGAAAUAUAUUUAAAGUUCAGCCUUGUGGUAAGUUUAUGUUCAGUUAAAAGAUGUACUACUUUCUUUAUGUUUUAAAAUUAUUGAUAGUGCUUGGUAUGCUCUCAUUUAAUAGACUGACAAAUGUUUCCCUCGCUCACAUUGCUUUUGUUUAUUAUUCGUAUGCAAACAUCUAUGGCUUUUUCUAUCUAGUAUUUACUUAUGUUUAUAUAUUUGUAUGUGAUGAAGUUGGAGAAGUAGUUUUUUCAAGUUUGAACAUCAAAAUAUUAUUGCUAAGGACUAUUGAAUGUGUUUAAGUUCUCCUAGGUUUCAACUUGAAAAGUAAGAAAGAAUUUAGCAAAUUUUGUUCUAGAUUUUAGUAGGUUUCCUUUGGUACUAGGCUGACUAGUAUUGGUGAAGAUGUUUUAACAUUUUGGUUAUUGUUCUCUCACCAUCUAUAUCUAGAUGGAUGGUCGGUAUGUGACUUCCUUCUUUUUGAUGCUACUUUCAAAUGUAUGACUUUGAGUUGUUAUUGUUGAGGAAUAUAUCGGUCAUGACAAUGCUGUUUCUUGGAUUGCUAAGGACUAGUCUAUCAAUGAAUUUCUAAAAUUAUUCCAAGAAAAACAGACAGUGAGUUCUGUUCUGAUGAUUUAGCUUAUCAUUCCUUAAAUGAUUGUUGAUACCAUGUCAACGGGGACCUUAGGAAAAUGGAAGAUGGUUGCUUUCCCAUUUCGUUCACUGUAAAUAUGAUUCUUCAUUGCCUCUUUCUUAACUUUCUCUAGCCACAGAAUAGGGUUUAUGAAGGAGAAGGCUGAACAUGGCAUAUCCAAGUUUGUUUUCUUUCUUAAUUGUUGGUCUAAUAUUCAGAAAAAUUGUGAGUGGAGCAUUUAUUAGACUAUUGCUUCCUGGAAUAGGUUAAAGGAGAAUUCUUAAACAACUUACCAAAUUUAUUGUGGUCUGCAUGCUUUUCCCUUUCAUAUACAUAUGUAGGUGUUUUGCAAAAUAUGAAGAGAAAACAACUUACCAAAUUUAUUGUGGUCUGCAUACUUUUCCCUUUCACAUAGGUAUGUAGGUGUUUAGCAAAUGGUGAAAAGAAAACAGUUUACCAAAUUUAUUGUUAUCCGCUUAAUUUUCCUUUUUGUAUAGGUAUAUAGGUGCUUACCAAAAUGUUAAGAGAAAUUUUAUUGAUAAAAUCACAUGAAUUAAAAUGAAAUGAACUUUGUUGGCCAAAAAAAAAAAAAGAAUGAACAUCAUGAAUGCCAUUGUAUGUAAGCUUACUUUACAAGACAUCACUAUGAUACAAUGUUACCAUUAUCCAUCCUAGUAUCAAUUUGCAAGAUUAGCAUUUGGUAAAAUUAGUGGCAUUGGAUAAGAUGAAUUUUCAAUAGACAGUAAAUCUGGCAAUAUAAACAAAUGAGCUAAAAUAUAUCAUAGCUGAUUCUUACUUUAUGCUGCUUAUCUAUCCUUACGGAAUGCACUUAAUUUUAACUGCCUUGUGUGGGGAUCUAAGUUUUUUCAUUUUAUAGGAGGACUUCUCUAUACUUCUGUCUAACUGGUAUUAGUGGUUGAUCCUUAGAAGGCUGUCAAGUGCAGGCUUUUGAAAUGAACCAUUAGUUGUGCCUCAGUGAGUUUGGUCAUUAUUAUUGUGUUUGUGUGAAUGGGAGAAGAAUGGAGGAUCAGAAAGCAGCAGUCAAAGGAAGUUAGAAAAUUUUUAAUUCCUUUCCCUUCCUGCACCAUGCCUUUCCAAGAAAGAAAGAAAGAAAUUGGGGUUUAUGGGACAAGAAUGUGAUAGGUUUUCCUAUUUUUUUGCUUGUUUUUCCUUUUUGGAAUCUUGAGUGUAUUUGGUUGCUGCCUUUCGAUUCAUUGACAUCCUGCCAUUUUUCCUGUCUCAUUUUACUAGUAAAAUAUCACUUAGGAGGCCUUUGAAACUGCUUUUUGCAUAGUGCUGGUUUUGUUGUUUAUUAUGUUUUUAUGACCAAAUUAUAAUGUUCAUUAUCUAGUUUAUGCUUUGAUUAAUGGACUAUUUUUCCCAUUACCUGAUGAGUUCAAUAUGCUGAGUAACUUUACACAGCAUGUGCAAGAUGGCUGGUGUUAAACGAAGAAUAAUUACUGAUUCUGAUGUCCAUGCACUGCAUAAAGAACUGGAUGAAGUCUCAUGUCCAAUCUGCAUGGACCAUCCACAUAAUGCUGUUCUCCUCCUGUGCAGCUCGCACGAGAAGGGUUGCAGAUCUUACAUUUGUGAUACAAGUUACAGGCAUUCAAAUUGCCUAGAUCGAUUUAAAAAAUUAAGGGCUAAUUCUAGUAAGAGUCCAAUAUUACCCCAUCCUGUACCCAUAAACCCUCAGAAUUCUAGUACUUCUGAUAUGACCUUGGCCUUCAGAACUGAUUUUAUUGAAGGUAAUGGAAGUCGAAAUCUGAAUGAAACCAAUAGCAUGGCAGGAGGAUCAGAAGUUAAUACCCAAGAGCCAAGUAGGCAUGUUGAUUCACAAGGAGAAGGUAUUAUAGAAAUAGGGGACUCUGAUUCCUUUCAGGGAGGAGCUGAAUCUGAAGAAGUAGAUGCAGAGAAUACAUCAGAGUCUAAAUCUAGUUUGAAAUGCCCUCUCUGCCGAGGGAACAUACUCGGCUGGGAGGUUGUGGAAGAGGCCAGAAAGUAUCUAAAUUUGAAGAAGAGAACUUGUUCUAGGGAAUCUUGCUCCUACUCUGGCAAUUACCAGGAAUUGCGUCGGCAUGCCAGGGGAGUUCACCCAACAAUGCGACCUUCAGAUAUUGACCCAUCCAGAGAACGAGCUUGGCGCCGCCUUGAGCACCAAAGAGAAUAUGGUGACAUUGUAAGUGCUAUUCGAUCUGCCAUGCCUGGUGCUCUUGUGGUUGGAGACUAUGUUAUCGAGAACGGAGAUAGGUUGGCAGUGGAAAGGGAGAAUGGCGCAGGUGAUGUUAGUGAACCAUGGUGGACUACUUUCUUUUUGUUUCAGAUGUUUGGUUCGGUUGACAGUGUUGGUGAACCGAGAGCAAGGUCCAGGGUUUGGUCAAGGCAUCGACGCCCUGCAGGAGCUUUAUCUGAGCGUAGGUUCCUCUGGGGUGAAAAUCUCUUGGGUUUGCAAGACGACGACAACGAAGAUGAUGUGCACAUAUUAAGCGAUGUAGGUGACGAUGCAUCUCCAAACCCAAGAAGACGUAGACGUCUGAUGCGAUCAAGGUCAGAUGAAGAUCAGUCAUGAAAGGAGUCAGGUAUUUGCCCUGGUAAAUCCCAGUUUCUUGACAUGGCUUCAUAUGAAAUUAUUUCAGAUUGCAUUUAUCUGACUGUACGGGUGUUCUUACCAUUGAUGUCCCAGUAAUGUGCAUAAAUUGUUAUUUUUUAGAUGAUAAUAGGAGUUUGCUGGUUUCAGAAGCCAUCAGCUUGUGGGUCUUCGGGAUGCUUCAAGUUAAGUGGAAUUCUAUAUAAAAUUUGUCUUCUUAUGGCUUUAGGCGAUUAUGCUUACAGUGUCCUGAAACUCAUACCAGCGAUAAUCUUCAAGUAUUAUGUAAUACAAAGUAUUCUACUGGCAAUUGUGGCAUUCAUUGUUUUUCA